GUAUCGAACACACACACACACACAAUUGGAACUCAAUUUUUGCUUUACUGUUACUGUGACUCACCUCCAAUCCAUAAAGCUCCAAUGAACACGUUGUUUGUUGCCAACAUCGUGCGGCCGCUGCAGCGCAACCCGACACUCGGCGCGACCGUCGGCACCGGCUUCCUGUGUGCCUUCACCUAUUGGUGGUACGCCUCAUCGAUCCGCAACACCCUCCUCGCCACGCAGCGCAGUUGUCAGCAGAUGUCCGACCAGGCUUUCCAUGAGUGCCGCGAGAUGCUGAAGGCGGGCGAGCGCAGCUGGGGGACGGACAUCCGCUCCCGCGAUGCGCAGGUGCGCCGGCUGGAGCUGCAAAACGUGGAGCAAACACGAAGCGUGACGCGCCUGGAGGCCGCCAUGAAGAUGUGCCUGCUACAGAACGAGUAA